UCCAAUGCCACGCGCGGCUCUCUCUCACCUCUCUCAUUCUCACCCACGCGCUUCUCUCUCUCACCAGCAGGCCGCGCCGCCGCUGCACCACCGCUCUCCGGAUCAUCGGCUGUCCCCCUCCUCCUCCUCCUCGCCCACUCACCGGCCAUCCCUGCUGUGGUGCCGCGCGUUCAAGCAGGAGGCCGACGACGGCGACGGCGACCCGACUGAGGCCGACGCGCGGAAGCGCAGGAAGGGCCCGAUGUACAAGCUCAAGGCGGCGAUCCAGGGCCUCGCGGGAUCUCGCUCCGCCGCCGCGGAGGUGUAUGGGGGAGAGUACCAGUUCCAGCGCGCCGUCGAGAAUUUGUGCGAGCCAAGGUUCCCCAAUCCACUCACGCGCGCGCAUCGCUGUGGUUUCCUGUUUUGCUUUCCACCCUCGCGCGCUCUUCUUCUUCAUGGAGCCAUGGCAGGAAGCGGCAACAGGAGAUUUGGCCGGGAUAUGGUGUCUAGCAGCACACAUUUCUCCCAAUGGCAGAUGGUCUGGGUUGGAGACCACGUUCCUGGCGGCAGAGUCGAUCUGCAAUGUGGAGGUCCAAUCUGGCCACCGAUGUCAGCUCGCUCCGGAGCCAAUUCCGAUUCCCUAGCAGGGACGACGUUCAGAUGCAGCUUCAGAUGCAGCGACGACCUCUCUCUCCAUCCAUGGAUCUCUAGGCAACUGCGAACAAGGGAACCAGGCAUCAAAAUGAAGGGAACCAGGAAUCGAAACGGCCCCGAGAAUCCCAAAGCACGAGAAGGGGAACAAGGGAACUAGGCAUCGUGAAGAGAGCCCGGGGUGAUGAAUUGUUACGGUUCAUGGACGGAGCAAGCAAGGAGCCUCUCCGCAAG